AUUCUUUAUCCAAUGUUUAGCAGCCAACGCCGUUUAGUGAUCAUGUAGUCUACCUGUGCAUCUCUAGAGUAAAUGUUUUUGCGUCUUUUACUGGUAAUUGAGCUGUUUUGGACAACAUGUCACGUUGACGGUGUAAGAUAUGGAAUAAAGUCGCAAUUUCGUGAGAUUCCAGGGCCAACUUUUGGCAAAAUUUUGGAAAGGAGCGUAAAACGUGUGAAAUUUGGCCGAACAUCGCCGUACAGCAAGUGUCUAGUCGCAUUUAUCGGCAAUGACGCACACACACUCUUGCCACAGCCCGCAAGUUUGCUAAAGAAUCGAUUUAGACUAGGAAUCUCCAAAAUUUCGCUGGAAAUACGCGCUGGAGUCGGAGGAACGGAAGCUUCACUCUGGGCUCAAGAACUCUCACGGACUUUUAAAAAGUAUUGCAUUUCAAAAGGAUGCGAUGUGAAGGAUGAAAAGAUUGGUACAACAUUAAUUUUACAUAUUUCUGGAAAUGAUAAAGACUUUAUGGAAAAUGGAUGCACUGGUGUUGAAGAGAGAUUCCUUAAAGAGGCUGGAAUUCAUCAGGUUAAACGUGUGCCACUUUCCGAAAAAUCGGGUCGAAUGCAUUCUUCGACAGCAACAAUCGCAGUUUUACCUUCAGACAUGACUCUUAGAAACGAGUCAAUGUCGUUUGAUAACAUAAUGGAGACUAUAGAGAUUGAUCCAAAAGAUAUCGAAUGGAAGACAUGCCGUGCUAGUGGUCCAGGCGGUCAAAAUGUGAACAAGGUUGAGACAGCAACGGCAUUGUACCAUAAACCAACUGGAAUCAAGGUUGAAGCCAGUGAAGAAAGGUUUGUUGAUGUUUAA